UUUCAGAUUUAAACUUCAAGUAUGAAUCAAUUGUGGCGAGCUUCUUGUCUUCAAGUUCUAAUAACUUUUUUAUUAAUUCAUCAAAACAAAGCUUCGGAAAAAGAUCGAUUUGUGGAGCUUGUGGAUUGUAUUGCUGAUAGUUUUACCGUUGUGCUUAAUAAAUCGGAUCCCGAAGUAAUGAGAAUGAUUUCGAAUCCUAAAUCUCAGCCCGUGGUCUACGUUUAUGGUCAUAAAACCCGUCAUCCUUGUGGAACAUCAAUGAAAGAUGAAAAAGGCCUUACAAACUUCAAUUUGACAAUUCCAUAUGGAAGUGAAUGCGAUGUAACUCUCACGGAUUUGCCUAAACAUCGCUACGCAGAAACCACUGUUGUAUUGGAGGAUAACGCGGAUCUCUCAUUCGGGAAGACCACUCGUCUGAACCAUGUGUUCUGCUUGUACACGAGAAAUGUGAAAACUAUUCGUUUCAGCGAUGUCUCCAAUGGGCACGAAGUAAUUGCUUCGACUGGUGGAAAACCAAAGCCAAAGGUUGAGAUGUUGUUCAGAAGUACUGAUAGCGGAAAAACUCUUCAAGCUGCUAGAGAAAAUGAAUUUGUUGAAUUUUUCAUCGCUUUGUCUCCAGAUUCUGCUUAUCAUGGUAUUUCACCAAAGGAGUGCACGUUCAGCGACAGAGAAGAUAUAAGUGCUCCAGAUGCCAAAAAGAUAACAUUUGUGCAAGGAGGGUGUCCAGUGAAUGGCAUGAACGACAUAAUUGACCCAUUGGCAAAUGUGAACGACCAAAUCUACUUCUCCAAGUUCCGUACUUUUCGCUUCGGAAAUCAAAGCACCGUGUUUGUUCACUGUCAGGUACAAGUUUGUCUCAAAAAGGACGAAUGUUCAAAGACGUGUUACAAGAAAGUCAGCGACUCAAAUCUGACUGCAGAACGUCUGCGUUUCCGUCACAAGCGUAGUAUUACUGAUUUGGAACGGAGGACAACACGGUCAGCACCAACCGAUGAUAACGGUUCCCUUGAUCUCACAAAUUCUCUCACCGUCGUAAGCAGAAUUGAAUCUGCAGAACUUGUUGCUUCCCCGAUUUCGCAACCAACAAUUGUCGAUACACCAAGUGAGCAAAGAAGAGACCCAUGUCCAAAGAGCUCAAAUAUGGGAUUCAUCCCACUCAUCAUCAUGGGCUCUCUUGCGUCUUUGUUACUAUUCUCCGCAGGCGCUGCAAUUUACUUUGGGUGUAAACUGAAAAGUAUGAAAAAGAAGGACUCCUUUGACAUGAUGUCUGCAUUUUCAAAUCCAACAGUCAGCAUGCCGGUCACAUAUUCCCAUUAUCAACGGUCCGCAUAUAACGCCUCUGUCGAUAGCUUAUAUCGAUGAAAUACCGCCAUUCACCUCUUAUUUUCUAUACUCGUAUUCUACACACUCAAUUUCUUUCACUUUUUGAUACACAGCACACGGUCAUUUUUUGUUACUUCUAUUUACACCUAGUGUAUUUUCGUUUUUAUCAUAUAUUUGAACUCUAAUUUUUUUAAACUUUUAUUUGUUUCCUCCAAUUCCCAUCUGUCAUGAUUUUCAGAAUCAGAUUAGUUUGAUUUAACGAGACUGAUUUGUUGCAUGGUCGCCGUUAUUUCCUUAUAAUGAGUCAACCCCCUAUCGUCGUAACUUUUCGUUCUCAUUAUUUCCUCAGGCAUGUUAUCUCAUUUUUGAUUUCUCUUUAGACAUAAGCAAUUACAAUUAUAAUCUAAAUCUUUUUUUCGACAGAACGAUUCAAAUUGUAAUCAUCCCCAUGUUUUCAAAACAUCAAUCACAUUGCUAUUUAAUUAUUUCUUUUUAUUUAACAUCAAAAUAUUGGUAUGAGUAAUGAAAACUAAACAUUUUUAUCUCUGUACUCUAUUUGUUGAUCAAAAUGAAGAUGAAUCAUGGUAGAUCUUAA